AUGCCCCUCCUCCGCUCGUCCACUCGACCAGUCCCCGUCCAAUGUUUCUUCUGUCUCUCCCCUUCCCUCCUUCCUCCCCACCCGCAAUCAACCAACAUCAGUCCAAAGGGGAAGAACAGGAUAUCGGAAGUAGGCACUAAAUGGAACUGGCAGUGUGAUAGAUGCGGAUGCUGGAAUAUCAAGGACGAGACAGGUCAGAUGAUCUCAGAUUUACCUGCCAUGCACGAUUCAGCAUAUAACGAACGAUCAUUCUCUCUCAGAGCUACACCUUCAUCAUCCCAUCUUCCUUCAUCAUCAUCAUCAUCAUCUUCCUCGACUUCGUUGUUUUGUCAUAGUUGUCUAGCAAAUCAGACAUUGAUCAUGAACAUGCUAGCGAAUUAUCUUCCAGAUGAUGAUGACCCAUCUUACCCUAUGCUCUACGCUGAGCUACAUCUCUACCUCUCGAAAUUACAUUCACGCUAUCCACCAGUAUGCAGGAACUGUCAACCUGCAGUCGACGAGGCACUAAGAAAGUCCGAUCAUAGAGCUCAAGUACAGGCAUGGAGCUCAGCGUUGGACCGAGGUGCUAGGUCCCCGAGGAGGAACGACCCAUCGGGUGGUGGGGAGAUAGGUAGGGUGAGCAAGGGUGAUAUUCUAAUAUGGAGGAUUAGAGGGGGUUUGUGGUGGAUCAGCCUGGGGCUGAGUAUGGGUCAAGGUAUAUUAGCAUCGGCUUUUCCUUCUAGACUAACAACGAUAUUGAACAUACAUCCACCUACUAUCCCAUAUCUACCAUUCUCAUUACUGCUUUUCAACGCAUUUACGAUAGUUUGGAUAGCCUGGGAUCCAUAUUGGUUGAAGAGGGUCAGGGAUAGGGAUAAAACCAAAAUCGAAGGAAGAGGCAUAUGGGUGCGAAACAUGAUGAUCAUAAUGCUGCUGAGAAUCAGCGGAAGUGCCAUAUCAUGUUUUAUCACAGAUCAUGAGACGUCAUCUCCCUUCCUUCUUAAAUUGCUUCAAGCGACUUUCGCUCUCGAAAUUGCACUUCUGUUGCAUUCAUUAAUGAGUAUCAAGAUCUCUCAACCGGUGUCUAUCAAACUCGUUCGACCAGUAUCCGUCACCUUAGAUACAACCUCAGUACAGCCAUCAUCAUCAAUACCAAACGGAUAUGAUCUAUCAUCUUUAUCACUCUCAUCUUCUCAAUCUCAAACCCAAAUCACAUAUACGAACAACGGCGUGAAUCCCAUAUUCGGUCGACCAUCGUUACAUAAACCUCUAGCUGACAUGCCAGUUGACGGUGAACCGAUGGAUUGGGAACCUACACGACAACAGUCUAAUAGAUAUCCGCUAUUCUCACCUCAAAGUGAAUAUGACGAAGGGGAGGUAUUUCAAAGGAAAGAGAAUUGGGAUACGUUCGGGAUGAAUAAACAGAGAAUGUUCCAUAAGAAUGAUGAAACGGGUUUGGAAAAUCUAUUAGCUGGAUGGGGUAUAGGAGGUCCCUCUACCAUCCACGCGAACACGCAGCCGAAUGGUUUGGCCCACAAUGCAGCCCCAAAGAAGAAGAAGAGAAAAUCGAAUAAUCGUUGGUUGGUGCUAGAUGUGAUUGGAGCGAGUAUGCUCAUGUUUAGAGGUUCUGGGUUGAUUACCAUGUUGAUGAUAAACAUCUUCAAAAUACAUAUCGAGAAUGAUAAGGAAGCUUUCGAUUGGAUAAAUCAUUGGACGUUGGUGGUGGAACUGUGCCUGAUCAUCUUGUCGAAAAGUCUCGUAUACUUAAAUCAGUAUCUUCGACAACCGAACUAUCACAAUCAAGGUGUAGAAAUGGACAAAGAUUCGAUCAUUAAGAUAUCAUGGCUUCUACUCGAUAUGACACUCCGUACUACAUCACUGGCAUUUACUCGUAAUGCUCGAUCAAAAGAAUGGAUAGGGACGACGACAAUGAUCGGUGACGAGAGGUGGAGGAUCACCCUAGAAUGGUUACUGUGGGGUAUAAUGGAUGGUGUUACGAUGAUGAAAAUGUAG